AAUUGAUUUUAGCAAAAUUACUUGAUAACCUUCAAAAAGUAAAUUCUUGGUUUGAAGUUAUUUUAAUGUUUAAUUGUCAAGAAGUUUUUUUACUAACUAUUCAAAAUCUUGGUUCUCAAGCUCUGUAG